CGCUCCAGUGUAGAUAUCUUCAAAGUCAGCCAGAACACCACCCAGAGGUAGCCUGAGUAGCUCCCAAAAGGUCAACAUGACGUCCUCAAUACACACAGUGUCUUCGUCAGUCAAGAUAGCAUAUCAAUUCCAUCACCCCUCCACCACGAGCAAUCCACCACAACCGACAAUCAUUCUUAUCAAUGGACUGACCGAUCCCAAAGAAUCAUGGCUCAGCCAGACCCCCGCCUUCACGGCAGCGGGCUAUACGGUGCUGAUCUACGACAACCGCGGAAUUGGAGCUUCUUCACGUCCAACGGAAUCAGGACAAGUCUAUACUGCUUCAGACAUGGCCAAUGACCUUGCAUCUCUGAUCCGUGGCGUGGGCAUCCGUGGCGAAGUGCACAUUCUCGGAAUCAGCAUGGGCGGCAUGAUCACGCAAACAUUUGCUCUGGAACACGUGCUUCCAGGAGCGAUUCCGGAAAUCAAUGUCCUCAGUAUCACGUUGGCAUGUACCUACGCAGCACCAAACACGUUCUGUACGCGCAUGUUCAACUUCUGGACCCAUGUCGCACAGAAGCUCAAUCUCGCUACCGUCAUGCAAGAUCUGGCCUUGUGGUGCUUUACUCCCCCUUUCUUCGACUCUGCGUCUGGGAAGAAGAUGCUUGCAGAAUAUGACGCUGAGGUUGCCAAGAUUGAUGAUGUGGCUCAGGGUGGCAUGGGUGUCCCGGCAUACCUGGCGCAGAUCAAUGUGAUACUGAAGUUUGAUUCGAGGAAGCAGUUGAAGAGUCUGGCAGAUCGGAUUGGGAAAGGAGGGCCGGAAGUUAUAGUACUCGUCGGUGAGAAUGAUAUCCUAAUUCCGGUUCCUUUGUCACGAGAGUUGCACGAGUUGAUCCCUGGGUCGAAAUGGCAGACCACAAAAGGUGGUCAUGCGUGUAACUGGGAAGAGGUCGAUGCGUUCAACCAGAUCUGCUUAGACACGUGGAAAGCCGUUGAAGAGAGGAGAAACCCUUGAUGUUUCAAAGCUAAGGUAUCUAUCUGUAGCCAUCAUAUGAAGACUUUGCAGCAGCAUGGAGAAGCUAAGUUUUGGAGCGGGCCUCUCCUCAUUCUCCUGAACCAUUUCUUGUCUGCAACUCUGGUCGAUCCCAAAACCAGCACCAUUUCC